CGGGGUCGCCGGAAGUAGGGAACCGCCGGCUCUGAGGACAAAAUGGAGAGCUUAAUGCCGCCCCCUCAGAUUUAUGUGGAAAGAACUCUGGCCAUGAUCAAACCCGAUGCUGUGGACAAAGAAGAAGAGAUCGAAGAUAUAAUUCUCAGAUCUGGAUUCACCAUUAUUCAGAGAAGAAAACUGCAGCUCAGCCCAGAGCAGUGCAGCAACUUUUACGCGGAACUCUACGGGAAGAUGUUUUUCCCCAACCUCACAGCGUACAUGAGUUCCGGGCCGCUCGUGGCUAUGAUUUUGGCCAGGGACAAGGCCAUCUCCUACUGGAAAGAGCUGAUGGGCCCCCGGGACAGCUUCAGAGCUAAGGAGACCCACCCUGGCAGCCUGCGGGCAAUCUACGGCACCGACGACCUCAGGAAUGCCGUUCACGGAAGUCACACCUUUCCCGCCGCGGAAAAAGAAAUCCGGUUCCUGUUUCCUGAAGCGGUCACGGAGCCCAUUUCCACCGGAUCAGCGGCCAGAGACUACCUCAAUUUUUACGUCAACCCGACUCUCCUGACGGGACUCACGGAGCUGUGUAGACACAAGCCGGCAGACCCCUUCACUUGGCUGGCUGAUUGGCUGCUUAAAAAUAACCCCAACAAGCCCAAGGUACAUCCCCAAAUAACCGUGGAAGAGCCUGUCUUAAAAUAAAGAAAAACGAAGCAUCGUUUGUUUCGUGUUGUCGGA